AUGAGUUUCCUCACUGGCACGGUUGCGGGGGCUGUAUUGGCAGGAGGAGUCUAUUACUCGUUUUCGUACAGACUCCGUACAGGCGUCAUACAGUACAAGUCGAGACUUCAUGAACUCUCCGAGACAAUGUCGAAUCCUCAAGCUGGUCUCGUUGUCCCUCCAACAGCAGCAGAGAGAAUAGCACCGCCUCCGUUUGGUGCUCUUGUCAAAGCAAAGUGGAAUGAGCAGGUCGAGAGCAUCUUUAAACGAAAUCCUUCGUAUCUAAUUCUUGGCUUCUUCUUAUCGGAAAUUCCUUGCGAGCAACACUUUUACGUCGAACCUAUGGACUCCAAGGCAGCAAGUCCCUCCCCGCUUGCUCAAUUACGAAGCAGAGCGGUCAGAGGAACCUACUCUCGUGAAGCUCUAAAGGAGAUUUUCAAGGCGUCGCCGAUGGCUCACUGCGCCUACCUUCAUCCCGGGAAUGGGCUCGCAGGACCCGACGGGGAAGAGCGUCCACGCAUAAUUAACCUCCCUCUCUUGGUGGUCCUUAGAGAGUACGCAUCGACCUCGGAGGAUGUCGACUCGGCUCCGAACAAUGGCGAACUCGUUGCUUAUCUUCAUAGCUAUUACGGCUCUCGGCUAGUUCAAGCCAUCAAGGCAGGCUUGGAUUCACUGACCAUAUCGACUACCAAGAUAGAUGGACUCGUUCUCGGUUCAACUCCGAGAAAUCACUCUGUCAACUACCGCUCAGCCUGCAUCUACGGUCACAUGCCCUAUCUUGUCCCAAAUACGCCCUCCGGAGUUGCUGAGAAACUAGUUGCGCUCGAGGCUGUCGUCAAUGAUGUGACCGGCUACGACCGUACAGCCUUUAUCGGGAGAACAGAAGAGACAGAAGCAAAGAAGACGGCCGUAAUUCGCGUGCGUAUCGAAGAUGCGAGUUGCAAACAGCGUAUUGGAGGCGAAGAAGGAGACCUCCCGCCAACUGAAGACGAAGGAGAAUCGGCGACACAUGGAUUUACUGGAGUCGUGCCCUGUUGGACUCAGUUUGGGACAGCAAGAGGCAUUGGUCAGCAUCGCGAGCAACUCAACGCGGAAAUGGCACGCCAGAGUGAAGUUGGGAAACAGUAUGCUCACGAUGUUGCAUAUGCGCGAACAAAGCUGGACGGUCGAUAA